AUGACUUCCAAAAUGAAAAGUAUAUUACGGGGUCGAGUGUGGUGGCCUGGUAUCAAUGCAGAUGUCGAAAGGUGGAUAGAAGCGUGUCAAUUGUGUGCAACAUGUGGGAGACCGGAAAAGCCGACGCCCAUGAAACGGUUAUUUGCGCCAAGGAACGUGUGGCAAACAAUAGCUCUCGACUUCAAUGGACCGUAUACACAUUAUGGUGGAAUUUCUAUACUGGUUGUGGUUGACUACCGUUCAAGGUACCUAAUUGCUCGGCCAGUAAAAUCUACAAGCUUUGAUCACACUCAAAAAGUACUAAACGAAAUUUUUGAAAGAGAAGGCUUCCCAGAGAGUAUUAAAACAGAUAACGGGCCCCCUUUCAACGGUCAGGAUUAUAAAGAUUUUUGCACAGAACGCGGUAUUAAUGUCAUAUACUCCACACCGUACUAUCCACAGCAGAACGGACUAGUGGAGGGUUAUAUGAAGUUAAUCAAUAAAGCUAUGGCGGCGGCCUUAAGUAACGGUACAAACUAUAUCGAUGAGCUUCAGGCCUCCGUUCAGGCUCACAAUUCAGCGGAACACUCCGUAACAAAAGUACCGCCGGAAGAGGUCCUUAUGAGAAGGAAAAUCAGACGCCGGCUUCCACUUCUCGGUCCCAGUAACGUUAAACUAAAAGACAAAAUUCUUGAUGAGAGAGACCGAAAGGCGAAAGUUCAAGGGAAACAGUUAGGGGAUACACGUAGACGUGCCCGAAAAUGUCGUGUCAAAAAAGGCGAUAUGGUAAUCUUAGAAAGAAUUAACCGAUCUAAAGGCGAAACCAGGUUUCACCCGAAAAAGUAUUCCGUUAUCAAGGAAAACAACGGAAAUCUUCUACUGGAAGACGAACACGGAGCAACGAUAAGAAGACAUGUUUCCCAAGCCCGACGUGUCCAUGAAUGGAAAAUGUAUAACCAGCACAUACCUGACGCAUUAGAAACAGCAGAACAACUGGACUCAAUCCCAUCAGCAGCGGCUCAAAACAUUCCGGAGCAUCCAGUAGAGCCUAGGCGGUCUUCCAGGGAAAAGAAAAUACCCGACCAUUUGAAGAGCUACGUUUGGGCUUGCGAAAAAGAAACCCAGGAGCGCCUUGUCACUAAAACGAAAGAAAAAUAA